AUGGGAAGAGAGAACUUCAUCCGACAAAUCGAGAACUCUGUCGAGUUCAAAUUAGUCGAUAGAGUCAUAAAAGAAGAAGUUACAGUUCAAGAUGCAGUCCAAGAAAUCAUCAGCAUGACAAUGACUGCAUUGUCCAUUCAUGGUCCCAAGAAACAAGGCGGGAUCGGUCUCGCAGACUACAACGUCUCUCUUGCAGUAAUGGAGCUGGCCCAACGUCUGGAACCAUCCAAGCACACAAAGCUUGUUGGGUUUAUAUCUCAUCUCCAGAAACAAGUGGCCGUUGAUCCAUCAACGAACGAACCGCUGAAGGUCCAGGGUGAUACCCUCUGGACCGACAUGCCGUCGUUCGGCUAUACGGAGCUUGAGACAUGGUAUGAGUUCGGCGGCGACUAUAAAGACCCAUGUGAUGCAACUCUGGAUUCGAAGCAGCGAGAACGUUGGGUCAAGCUAAAUGCUUUCCUUGCGCAGCUCACGCAGGCUGCAAACACUCGCUAUCCUGCUGCCAAUGAAGAAGUGCGAUAUUUUCCUCUAGACAAAUCACUACGGGCUAUCUGGACCAUAGCCACCGCAUUUGAGAAGGAGCGCCCUCCUGCGUCGCUGGCAGAUACGGCAGCGAUGGAGGCUGCUUGCCAGUGGUUCAUCUACGCCGCAGACCGGCUGUGGGCGAAUGUGGUCAAUGGUCGCACAUAUCCUAAGCCGGCUGACGCUGGGCCGGGGAAGAGGUAUGAAGGGGAAAGCUGGACGGGCUAUGCGCGGGAGCGAUGGGGGGUCUGGGAGGAUGCGCUGAAGGAGGCCAGGGCUGCUUGUAACAAUGAGCGGAUGUCGAUGCUGAUUGAUGAAGCUUUGGCGAGUUUGAAAAGGGCGAUGGAGGGUCAGUAG